AUGCCAUUCGUUCACUCCUUGUUGUUUCUUUUGGGGGCAACACUUUCUGUUGCAGUUCGAAGUCCCCAUGAGAUGGCUGCGAAUCAUGCCAAAAAAGCUAAACCGUUUGUCUACACGAAAGACGCACCGAGAGUAAGAUCUACUUCUAUGUAUCUCACAGGUGCAACCUCAAGUGAGUAUUUUACUUGAUCAUUGUCCCAAUUUUUCGCUCAAACUGAGCUCUGCCCCUUUUUAAGGUGGGAAUUCGUUGGAACUGCUUCUUCACCGAAUGAUGACACUAUUUCUUUCUUUUUCAUGAGUAUUUCCUUGGGGGAUAUUCAAUGCGUGGUAAGAUAUGGCAAUGUUUUGAAACAUGCCAAAUCAAGCUCUGCUAUCAAACUUCUGUAUUCAAUUUUUUUCUCAAACAAAACUCUGUAACAUUCACUUUUCUUUCAUCUCUCAAGCUUACCUAUUUAGAAUUUGUCGUCAAUAGGUCAGCAUUACCAGAAGUUGAUUUCAACAUCGGAGAGUAUACGCCGGGUGUGACGUACCAGACGUUGGAGUUGUUGUUGGGGAGGAUUGGGAAUUUGAGUGUAGAGGGGGAUUACACUACUCGUUCGCCGGGAAACUAUACUGGGACGCCGGCGGUGUUAAGGAGAAGUCUUGAGGAUGCGAGGGGGUUAGCUUGA